CACUAGGGGCAGAGUGCUGCAGGGGACAGGUUAAUGGUACUUGGAGUUAGACGUGAUUCUGAGAGCCCUACUGAGGCUGCAGGGGUGCUUUUAACUUGUCAACAGGAUAUGAUGACUAUAACUAAAAAAAAGAAAAUAGUAAAAUGUGAUUCUCAACAAAAACAAGAGUACAUGAGUCCAAUACUGUUGCACUGGUAACAUUAAUCAACAAAGCUGAUCCUUCAGUCCAGUUGUAGAGCAGAAAUGUUGGUUUUUUCUUUUUUUUUCCUCCCCUGUGCUUAGCUAGUAGACUUCCAGUUGACAAAAGAGCAGACACAUAUGCAGAGGCAAGGUAUCUGUAUCAAGGAUAGUGGAUUACCUCUGGCAUACAACCAGCCGUGGAUCUGAAGACAGCGGGCUUGAGUAACUGUGCAACAUGCUGGACCCCCAGCGCAGGGACAUCUCCAUAGACCUGCCCACCUAUCACGCCAUCAUGAAGGAGUGGAUUGAUGACUGCAGAAACAAUGGUGAUGAGGGUACAGCAAGGGAUGCAACAGAAGGUUCAUCUCGGAUACUACGGGAAAGUCUCUUGUCUGGAAGAAGAUCUGCGUUGCUCAAUGUGACUGUUGGAAGUUUAGAGGCAUUUGGAGGAGAAGUCUCUAGAGGAGACUUUGGCCAGCAGUCUGCUAUGAAGGUGAAGGUAUUGGAGGAAGAGCUGGAAGAAAUGAAAGUAAAUCUGAACAGUGUUGAGGAGAACAGAGUCAGAAUGGUGGCUCACAAUAAACAGAUGGAAAAGGACAACCUUUCUCUCAUCUUAAAGAUAAGUUCUCUACAGGAAGAGAACAUAAGGAACACAAUGGAUAUUGAUGGCCUGCAAAAGAAGAUUGCUGAUCUGUCCAAUAUCAAUGCUGGUCUUCAGAUGCAGAUGCAUUCCUUUGAGAGUGUUGUCUGUAAAAAGAAAGCACUUCUGCUUGAGAAAAAUAUCCAUAUUCAGGAACUCAAAAGUACCGUUGCUGAAUAUUCCUCAAUAAUGGAGCGCUUAAGACAUGAAAAGAAUAAACUGGAAAACCACAUCAACAUGAUGCAGCCCGACCUGGCUUCUGGCGGAAUGAGCCUCUCAUUGGCUUACAGACUGAACCAGAGCAUUGCAGGGUCCUUGCACACUGAGCUGGCACUAGCUCAACAGUCUCCUGAGGCAACUGGCAGGGAACGGGUGUCACCCUCUUUAUGUCACGCAUCAUCUUUAGAUGAAACUUUGGAUAGGGAAGUUCUAUUACUCCUGCAAGGCCCAUUACCUGAGCAAAUGUCAGCUGAAUUCAAGACUAUCAUCAAAAAAAUGCGUCAAGACUUCACUGAGGAUGCCAAUAUAAUUGUGACUUCACUAAAGCAAGUAAUUGAGUCACAAAUAGGAAACAAAGCCGCAGGCAAGACUAGGCUCGAGACUUUAGAGAGACAACUGGAAGAGAAAAGAAGCUUUUGGAUUGAGAAUCUCCAGCAGCUGGACCAACAUAAAUCCUCUUUGGAAAAGGAAUUAAUUAAAAUGGCAAGUAAUUUGCGGAGGUCCAGGACAGAGGUCAUUCACUUGAAGGAGCUGUCUUCCAGACUUCAAGAACUGGAGGCUCAAAAGCAGCUUCGAGAGGAAGCCAAAGAUUGGGCUGUCAGAAACCAGUGUGAGCUCAGAGAGGUGGCCUCGGAACAGCAGCUGGUUACAGAUGAGACCACAGCUCCUGACACUGUCUGGAACGAAGUCGACUCUCUAAGAUGUCAACUGGAGGAAACGGUUUGUGAGAAACAGAAGCUCCAGGAUAAUAUCUGUUCCCUGUCAGUCAGCUAUCAGGCACUUCUGCAGAAAAUUGAUGAGCAACAGACUACAGUUCAUUCACUGAGGGAGAAGUUAUUUAAAGGGCAGCUCUGUAGAUUGCUUUGCCAGUGCUGUGUUGAUGGAGAAUUUGUCUUACAAUUCCCAAAUAUUACACAAUUAAAGAAUAAAAAAGAAGGCAAGGAGCAAGAACAUAGGUGCCAGAAAGGCUUAAGGGUUGGAGAAGCUGCCCUGAAUGGGAGUCAGACCAUACUGUACAUGUCACUGAUUAAAGGUGCCUCUUGCUGGUACACGCCCUUAAUAGAUGCACUGACAUUAGAACUCCAUCAGCUUGAGCAAAGACUACAGACACAGAAAUUAAAACAACCAAGUGCAAAACUCCAGGAGUGUAAACCGAUAGUUCUGAAAAGGACCACUGGAACCCAAGUGCUAUUAAACAACAGGUGUGAAGUAUCUUCUGUUGGUGUUCAAGCUGAAGACCUAUCCGUCACCAGCAUGAGUGAAGUAAAGGAAACUGUAGCAGACCAGUCAUCUGUCAGCGCAUUACUGUUAAACAGUGACAACCAGGAGAAGGCUUCAGUGCAGGAUCCAGCUCCAGUUACUCCAGGGAGCUCUGAGAUGACAGGUAGAGAGUCACAGGAGGAGACCGGUCAAGGGGGAAGAGGUUCUUCUAAGAUGACAACUGGGAAAACCAAAGAAGGAAAUGAAAGUUUUUCUCUUAAUAAAAGCCUGUCGGUGGAUCCAUCUCCAAAUGAUGGGAGUCUGAGUGCUAAUGUGCCAAAGAAAGAAACGUUGACACCCAGAAGUAAAUUUAAAAUGAACCUGGAACUUGCCAAAGGUAUGGAGGCUAUUGAUGAACACAAAGGACAGGAACCACCAAGCAAUUCCACAACUGACUCUGUAAAAGCUAAUGCAGACAAUGAAAACCAGGAAACCAAGAAAAUCACUACUCCAAAAAAAGAAGACCAAAGCAUUUUGUCUGCCAGUGAUAAGGAAAUUGAGGCUGAUUUUCACCGUUUGUCAUUGGGCUUCAAAUGUGACACGUUUACUUUGGAUAAACGACUGAGGCUGGAAGAGCGAUCCAGGGACCUGGCUGAAGGGAAUUUGAAGAAAGAGCUCAACAACUGUAACAUGCUGUUGGAGACUCUGAUCCCGCUGUGUGAAGAUGAUAACCAGUCACUGGAGAUUGUCCAAAGGCUGCAGAAGAAUUUGGACAUCCUCAACCAGUCCAUGAACAGAGUCUCAACAAGGGCUGAAUUGCUUGGAGCGAUUCACCAGGAGAGCCGUGUCUGUAAAGCAGUAGAAGUCAUGAUCCAACAUGUGGAGAAUCUGAAACGGCUGUACACCAAGGAGCAUACAGAGCUAGAGGAACUAAAAGAGUCCUUGUUGCAGAAUGAAAGAUCUUUUGGGUCUAACAUAGACAGAGAUGAUUUGAGAAAUAAGAGGUCUCCAGGUUCCCAAUACUAUAAGCCUUCCUCCCAACGACGGGUGAGCAUUGCAGCCAUACCGAGAAAUAGUGGAGGUCCUGUUCAUUUUGACCUGCAAAAGUUGCAUGCAAAUGCAGAAACUGAAGUUAAUGACAAAUUGUCGAGGAGACCUAGCACCUGGAGGUUGUUGGGAGUGAAGCCAAAUCCUCGUCCUACAUUACAACGGUUCAUUAGCUCUUGUACAUGGGCAGAAUCUGAUGAACCCUCGUUAAUGAAAGGGCAUGAACACGAAACAGAAUCCCCUCCAACAGAGGAAAAGAAAGAGGAAAUUCAGGAACGAAAGUCAAGCCUCUCAGAAAACAGAAAUAUAAUAUCAGCAGUUUCAAUUACUUCUACAAUCUAUGACAAGAUAUCUUCAUAUAUUGCUGAUUUCCAAAGCUCUCUUUCUAAGACCAACAAAAGACUGUGGAUUUCACUUAUUAUGAUUAUACUUUUUGCUGCUAUCAUUGCCCUGAUCGCUGGCUUUGCCUUCCAACCGUCUGCAGAGGCGGCUCCUGUGGGGACUGGGGACUCUUGGAUGUCGAUACAGCAGCUUCUGUGGCCUUAUACUGGACUUAGACACAAUGGCCAGCCUCCUGUAUAACAGUCAUUUUGUAGUGUGAUGCUUUUUAGUAGUUCUAGUAUUUAAACCGAGAACCAUUAUAUUCCUAUUUUAUGCAAUAUGUUUAGUUAAAAA